AUGUCCCCCUUUCGAUCCUACAUAGAACUCGGGGUUAUGCCAGAAAUUGUGGAAGCAACUGAAGAAAUGGAUUGGAUUUUACCCACCAAUAUUCAGGCAGAAGCAAUUCCAUUAAUAUUAGGAGGUGGCGAUGUAUUAAUGGCUGCAGAAACCGGCAGUGGAAAAACCGGGGCCUUUUGCCUUCCUGUUAUUCAAAUUGUGCAUGAAGCAUUGACAGAAACUGUCAAGGGUAAACCAUUAAAGUCUUCAGUAAAACCUUCCAUCGAUACCAAAGUUAAACUAAACCCCUUUGAUAGAAGCGAUCAGCUCGCAAUUGAUAAAGAUGGCUUAAUAUGCCAAGGCAGAGAGCACUUUCAAUGGCUAGGCUGCAGAUCAAAUAUUGGCGUAGUUAAAGGAAAAUUUUAUUACGAAGCUACAGUAACCGAUGAAGGCCUGUGUCGUGUGGGAUGGUCAACUGAUAUAGCUUCCCUAGAUUUAGGUACAGAUAAUAAUGGUUUUGGUUUUGGGGGAACCGGGAAAAAAUCCUAUGCCAGACAAUUCGAUGGCUAUGGUGAGCCAUUCGGACACAAAGAUGUGAUAGGGUGUAUGCUGGACCUUGAUAAUUAUGAAAUUCGUUUCAGCAAGAACGGAGUCGAUUUUGGUCGCGCAUUUGAAAUACCUCAAAAGCUUAGAAACUCUCCAUUCUUUGCGGCAGUAGUCUUAAAAAAUGCAGAAAUGCAAUUUAAUUUUGGUGAUGACGCGUUUACAUUUUCACCGCCGCAAGGAUUCAGGACCUUAUCAAAGAGUACCACUGAUGAACGCUACCAUAAUAUCAAAGGUCCAAACUCUUCAAGUAAAGAAUCGCGAAGACCUACACAUUCAGCACCUACAGCCUUGAUUAUAGAACCAUCUCGAGAACUAGCACAACAGACAUGUGAUCAAAUAUCCCUCUUUAAAGAACACCUAGCAUCUCCAGCAAUUAGAGAGGUUCUGCUAGUUGGUGGAGAAAAUCCUAAACAACAAGUAAAUCUCUUACGAGAAGGGGUCGAGAUGGUAGUCGGUACACCAGGACGCCUAGAUGAUUUCAUAUCAUCAAAAAAGCUUGAUUUAUCUCAGGUUCGAUUUUACAUCUUGGACGAAGUUGACGGGCUAUUAGCUCAAGGGCAUUCCGAACUGAUAUGUCAAAUUUAUAAUAAAUUACCAAAAGUAUCUACCGAUGGUAAACGUCUACAGAUAAUUGUAUGCUCCGCCACCCUACAUAAUGAAGCCGUGAAGCAGCUCGCUGAUAAAAUAAUGAAAUAUCCUACGUGGAUCGAUCUGAAGGGAAAGGACAGUGUGCCCGAUACCGUACAUCAUGUGGUUUGUAUGAUUGACCCAACGAAAGAUAAGGGAUGGCUUAACCUAAGAAGAGACAUUACAACCGACAAAGUACAUGCAAACGAUCUCAUUAAAUCAACCUCUACUACUCCAGAAACUCUAUCUGAAGCCAUUAAAACUUUGAAAGUGCACUACCUAGUUAAGGCAAUAAAUGCGUUGAAUAUGGAACAAGCAAUAAUUUUUUGCAGAACUAAACUAGAUUGUGAUAAUAUUGAGAAACAUUUAAUCGAGUUAGGCGGAGGUCCACGUGCAAUGGUGAAUCAGCUAUCAUGCGUAUGCCUUCACAGCGAUAGAAAUAGAGCAGAACGACAACAGAACCUAUCCAGCUUUAAGUGUGGGCAAAUAAGAUUCCUUAUAUGUACCGACGUAGCUGCAAGAGGUCUAGAUAUCACUGGAAUUCCUUAUGUGGUAAACGUAACGCUACCGGAUGAAAAGGAAAAUUAUAUUCACCGCAUUGGCAGAGUUGGUCGAGCUGACAGAAUGGGAUUAGCAAUUUCCUUAAUAUCAACAGUUCCUGAAAAGGUUUGGUAUCACACCUGUCCUAGUCGAGGUAAAAAGUGUCAUAAUACCAAACUCAAGGAAAAUGGCGGAUGUACUAUUUGGUACGAUGAAGUACAGCUUCUGAAGAACGUUGAAAAUCAUUUGAACACCAAGGUUGCAACUGUCAAUAGCGAUUUUGUGGUAGAAAAGACUGUAUCUGGCGAAAAAAUUGUCUAUGGAGGGAAAAAAUCUGAGACCGGUGAAAACAAGGGACAUUUUGAACAAUUAGCGUCAACAGUUUCUGAACUAGCCACCUUGGAGAAACAAGUUCAGUUAUCAUUCCUAAGUAUGCAAUUUAACCGAAGAUGA